UAAAGAUUUUAUAGUGAUACGCCAAUUUGAGGCUGUAAAAAUGUCUCUGCAACAAUCCUACAAUGUCAUUUGUUCUUCUAGCGCAGCUUGGAGCUGAGCAGUAGGGCAUUACGGAGCUUGACAGAUGAAAAAUGUUAUCCAGAAAAUAGAAACAGUCAUUGAAAGGAAGUUGGGACGGCCGGUAAUUUCGACGAAUAAAUACAACUUUUCAUCUGUGACGUCAUGUCAAAUGGUUGAUUAUGACGAUUAGAAUGGCCAAUUUACUUCGGAAGCAACUCGGAACCGGUAUACUUGUCUUCAAAGACAAUUUAAUGUACCGUACUAUAAAUGUAAUUUGGCAAAAAUGAACGGAUAUAGGCAUGUGUGGCUAAGAUUCUACUUCAAAACGGGACCUUCAAAAUUUUUCUACCUAAAAUAUUAGUGAAAAUAAUAGGUAUGUUUCAUUAAUUGUGUGCGAACUUCUCAUAAGGCGCCGUGUUAAAUUGCCGAGAACAAUAGGCACAAGAUGGCGUCCAUUGUCUGAGUGUUGCCUCGCUUAUAUUAUAUAUACGCUUUGACUGUACCCAGCCACCUGUCGCUCUGUCAAGUUGAUAUUCACUUUGGUCGUUGCUAUGCUGUUCGUUGACCAUAGUUACCCCUCCCAUACUUGACGGUGCCCGGAGUCUCUUUUCUGUAACAAAUUUGGUUUUUGGACUUUAAUAUUUGAUAUAUUAAUUUAUAUAUUGUUCGUCUUAUUUGUAUUAAACCUGUAUCAAAGUUAGACUCUCAUCACAGGUGUCGCUGCUCGAUCAACUUUGGUUUUUCGUUGCGCCAUUUGAAAAUUACGGUUUUUUAAACUAUACGAACUGACAUCCAAGACACAGACAUUCUGAAGUUCAAUUUUGUCGAUUUUUCUUUUAGAUGUUAGGUAUGCCAUUAAAUAUUUACUGGCAUUGUUUUCUUGACAAUAAUUCUAUAUCUUUUGUUAAAGUGUUUAUUCAUGUCUUGUUGGAGACAAGGUGUGCCCAUAGAAUAUUUUGCGAAAGUAUUGUUUUUUCUUGUUUUAUUCUUUGGGAUAAAUAAUGGAUUAAUCAAUUUUAAAUUUUCAAUCUUUUGCUAUAAGGCCGCUAGGGGACCUAAUACUAAACUGCCUUAUAUGACACUCCAUAUAUACCAUGAUUUUCAUUACAAUUUUUCAACAUUUGACUGGAAUUCUGUUUGCCUUGUCGUUUUACUUUCAUGUCCAUAUAUUUUAGUAUUGAUCUCUUGUCUAUAGAUGAGUACUUGAGACUUUGUAACCACUAUUCCUUGAAAAAAGUAGAUUACACUCAAGAUUACAGUAUUUUAACGUAAAGUAAUUUGAAUUAUUCUAUUGGUUCCCAAUCUUACAGGAUUAUGUUUUUUUCUUUCUCAUUGAGAGAAUUGCUAGUAAAUAGUAUAUGUUUAAAAAUAUGAGGUUUGAAAAAAUGAAAUUAAUUAUGUGAAGUAUGUAGAAAUGAAAAAAAUGUCUGAAAUUAAUUGAAUAUUUAAAUACACUCAAAUUUCACUGUGUAUGAUUAUUUUUAAGAACAAUUUAGAACAUUUCAAUUUGAAAAUUUGGCUCAUGUUGUUUAUAAACAUUCAGCAAUCAGAUAAUUUCUACUUACUGUUAAUGACGGAGAAAAAAACACUGUUUAACUUCUUGAAUUAUUAAAUUUAUUCAUUUUAAUAUAGGAUAAUCUAAAUUGGGUAAAACGGUAGUUUAUGUCUAAAAAUAUCUUAUUAUUACACAUUUGGAAUGAAAAAUGGCACCCCUUUUGAAGCCUUUUAGCAUAGCCUAUCGAUGAAUUGCCAAAAUAAAUGAAAAUAAUUUGGAUAUUCAUCUCAAUUUAGAUAUCAUUGGGUCUCACCAAUUUUUUUUUUUUAUUCGUAUUAACUAGACUCGUGAAAUUUUCACAAGUACUUGUAUUGAUGAACAAUUUAAUUAUAGUGACUCUACUUGUCUUUGUGUUUUCUCCCACACUCGAUAUGCUUGAAUAAUUAUGAAUGGUCUUUGUUUGUGUUCUGGUUUAAGGCCUUUAAAUAUAUCUGGAAUAGGAAUAAUAAAGAUUGCUAAAGUAUUGUUUUGAUAUUUUCAUUGUUACAUAUCAAUGCUUUUUCGUGUCAUAAUGUAUUUAUUACUUCUCAAUGGGAUUAGUACCAACUCAUAGAGGUGCUGGGUUAGGUUGGUCAUUAUUCAUUGAUUCAGUAGAAAAUUUGAAUUGACUGAAGUUUGAAGCAUUUCAAUAUAAAGUGUGGUCUACCCUUUUUUUUAAAUAUGUGCCGUGAACAGAUGUGAACCGUCUGGUGUGACCAUUUCACAUUAGCACAUACCAAAGUUGUUAGAAAUACUCAAUUUUAUUUCACACAUUUUCAGUAGAAUCUAUUUUGAAACAAAUUUGCUUAGAAAAUAUGUUAAUUAAUACAUUGGUUGUAUUCAUCUUACAAGGUGUAAUUACUUGCAUUAUUGUCCCUCAGGGAAAAGAGAUUUUAUGACUCCCUCAGGACUGUUGGGUAGUUUAAUUGCACUUCAAAGUGAAUUUAUGACUGUGCUUGGAAUCUCUCUUCUUGUAUUUUAUAAUUGAUGGCAGCUCAGGGUAAUUAAAGUUGAUUGAGUUUAAAAUUUGACUGUUUGUAUGAUGCAGUAAGUUUUAUGUUCUUUGGUGAAGGCCUGAUGUUAUUUCUUGUUUCAUGUUAUGAAGAAUGAAUAUUGAGCUCUGAAACCAAACAGACUUACAGUAACAGUAGAAUAAAUUUCAGAUUUUUGUGUUUUUUAGAUAUUGUUAGAUUUAGAAUGGAUACAUCGCCUACAUCUGCUCCAGUAUAUGGUGGCGGACUGGUUGAAGUUGAAAUAUAUGCUGAUAUAGAGAUACCUGAAUUUGCCAGACUCUUUCUUGUGUUUGAUGGAUCUAAGCAAAGACAAGUUACUGAAGCAAGGAUAACUGAUGAGGGUAGAAAAUUAGAGGCUGUUAUACCAGACCAUGAACCACCAGAAAUUGUUGCUUUGAGUUUAAUUAUAAAACUACAUGGUGGAAGUUGCAGAACUCUUGCCCAAGAACCAUUUACCUAUUAUCUUGAUCAGACGUGUUACCUAGCUAGAUAUCUUGCGGACAGCGUUCAUGAUUUGGAAUCGUUAGAAGAUUGGGAUUAUAUCAGAGGUCCAAAAUUCUCGCUCGCCGAUGAGAAUUUUCCUACAUUAGAUGAGAGAUUGACCAGUGCAUUUCAACAUCUUAUUCUUCCUACAACCUGGAAUUUACUGGGAGAUCCAACCACUGUCGAUAUUCCUCGAGAAACAUUGUUUCAUUUCGCUGCUCGGCUCGGAUUAUCAAGUUUCGUCACAUUGCUGCUGGAAAAGAGAGGAGCUGCUGAAUGUUUACAGAUUCGCAACAAACACAAUGAACUUGCCAAAAAUAUUGCUCGUAGUAAAAGUUACGAUGGACUUGCUGAUUUAAUUACCGAUCCUCAUGCACACGGGGUAAUACGUUGGGAAAGUACACAUCGCAUGACACAAUCAACUACAAUAAAACGUCACAGUUUUGGAACAGUAACAACAUCAACAGAAAUGCAGAACGGAGAUUUUCCACCUAUCGAGGAGGAAAUUGAUGCAAUUGUUCGUGAUCAUCCACCUCCUACACCUGAUAAACCAGAGUCAAUAAAAAACAGUGAAGAAAAUCACAACAACAGCAACAACAUUGAUGACAAAGUACACAAUGGAAAUUACGAUAUUCCAGCUGGCUUGGAAGUCACAAACACAACAAAUGCAACAUGGGGUUCUGAGGACGAAUCAUCAGACUUUGUGGAACUCCCUCCUCCAGUUCCACCAAAACCGAAAGAAUUAUAUCUCGAUUAUGAGUAUGAUAGUGUAGAAAACGGUGAUCACUUGGAAUAUACUCAAAACGAGACCAGUUCUUAUUUCUCGCCAAAUUCUAUCGACUAUUCAGAAGGAGAUGCAAUACUAUUUCAAGGGUCGAAUAUAAAUCCAGAUGAAGAAAUAGAAGAAGAUAUAUUAGAAGGAAAUCUUCGUCAUCUUCAACAGAUCAGCACUGAUAUUCACUAUAUUAGGCAAAAAGAUAUCGCAAGAUUAAAACAAAGCAGUCCUGCAGACGCUGGUAGACUCAGUAAUUCUUGCCCUAAUCUUGGACAAGACUCCUCAUAUGUAUCAAAUGACACAGACUACCUUGAGAAUUUUGAUUCACCUGCAGCAGCUAGAAGUAGACAAGCAAUAUCAUCUGGUGUUGGAUUUCAGCAUUUUGAUGCAGAGUUUCAAUCACCUGUUGAAACAUAUGGAAGUGCAGAUGAUUUGUUAUCAAAGCCACAUAACAGAUCUCCAUUAUAUAUACCUGACCCACCUCCACCUCCAUUAAUAACUAUGGAUCAAAAUCAAGAUGAGAUUCCUGUUGAGGAAGAACACUUUCUUGAGGAUUGGGAACAAGAGGAAGAAGUUGAGGAAGAGAGACCAACAUCACCAAAUAAGCGACCACACAGUUGGCAUUCUGUUGAAAAAUUAAAUGAGUUGAAACCUGAUAAUAAAGGAAACGAAAUUGUUCAUUCACAUAAAAGAAGCCAAAGUUAUCAAGGUGAUGAAUUCUCGAACAAAGAUUCAAUGACAGAACUAACACCAGAGGAGAAAGCAGAACAGGCUGAUACCAUAACAUCACCAUCUAUAAGAAGAGUUCGUCGUCACAACAAUAAUGCUUUCGCUGUCGUGGGUCCUGAAUCGAGAGACAACAAAGCACGUUCUAUCAGCCUCUGUGUCAAUAACAAUAAUAAUGCUAUCAAUGAAGCAGAUCGAAGGUUUACAAUUAGUGAAGGACUGAUCACAGAAAAACAGCGCAAUUCUCUACUGGCAUUACAAGAACUCAUUCGUCAACAUGACGAAUUGAUCAACAAAGAUAAUAAUCUGUUGGAAGAUGGUGAUGAUGAUGCUUUUUCUAGUGGCCCGAGACAAAUGUCACUCGCAGAGUUUUUGUCUGAUCCUGCAAACUUUGAAGCGGAUGGGGACACCCCACCUCCACGCAAACCAGAAAUUACGAGGGGGUACGCUGCCAAACCAUUUGUUCCACCAAGACCACCUGAUGCAGGACCUACAAGAAAUAUUGUGUCUCGAAAACUCAGCUUUCUAUCCAAAAUGAGGAACAGCACAAGAACUAAAACAAAUGCUGGCAAAGAUAGGGUCAAAAAAGGAACAGAAUUAAAAGCCAAUUCUAUUCAGAAACCUUCAGCUGAUGGUGGUAAGUUUUUAUAUUUAUAUAUAGUGGAGUUAUUUUAGGUUCCAGUUUACUGUCCCAUAUUUGAAAGGUGCAUGCCUACGUUCAGCGGAAACUUUCAUUUGGCAACUUAUAUUAUUGCAGGUUGUAUUUUGGCUAUAUGACAAAAUACAGUUUUUUGAAAUAAUCACUUUGAUAUUGCAUGCGACUA